CGCGGUGCUGCCGGGCUCAGCCCCGUCUCCUUCUCUUGCUCCCUCGGCCGGGCGGCGGUGACUGUGCACCGACGUCGGCGCGGGCUGCACCGCCGCGUCCGCCCGCCAGCAUGGCCACCACAGCCACCUGCACCCGCUUCACCGACGACUACCAGCUCUUCGAGGAGCUCGGCAAGGGUGCUUUCUCUGUGGUCCGCAGGUGUGUGAAGAAAACCUCUACGCAGGAGUAUGCAGCAAAAAUCAUCAAUACCAAGAAGUUGUCGGCCCGAGAUCACCAGAAAUUAGAGCGUGAGGCCCGGAUAUGCCGACUUCUGAAACAUCCAAACAUUGUACGCCUCCAUGACAGUAUUUCUGAAGAAGGGUUUCACUACCUCGUGUUUGACCUUGUUACAGGUGGAGAGCUGUUUGAAGACAUCGUGGCUAGAGAAUACUACAGUGAAGCAGAUGCCAGCCACUGUAUACAUCAGAUUCUGGAGAGUGUUAACCACAUCCAUCAGCAUGACAUUGUCCACCGGGACCUGAAGCCGGAGAACUUGCUGCUUGCAAGUAAAUGCAAGGGUGCUGCGGUCAAGCUGGCUGAUUUUGGUCUGGCCAUCGAAGUACAGGGAGAACAGCAAGCUUGGUUUGGUUUUGCUGGCACCCCAGGUUACUUGUCCCCUGAGGUCUUGAGGAAAGAUCCCUAUGGAAAACCUGUGGAUAUCUGGGCCUGCGGGGUCAUCCUGUAUAUCCUCCUGGUGGGCUAUCCUCCCUUCUGGGAUGAGGAUCAGCACAAGCUGUAUCAGCAGAUCAAAGCUGGAGCCUAUGAUUUCCCAUCACCAGAAUGGGACACGGUGACCCCCGAAGCCAAGAAUUUGAUCAACCAAAUGCUGACCAUAAACCCAGCAAAGCGCAUCACAGCUGACCAGGCUCUCAAGCACCCAUGGGUCUGUCAACGGUCCACAGUGGCCUCCAUGAUGCAUCGCCAAGAGACUGUAGAGUGCUUGCGAAAGUUCAAUGCCCGGAGAAAACUGAAGGGUGCCAUCCUCACCACCAUGCUUGUCUCCAGGAACUUUUCAGCUGCCAAAAGUCUAUUGAACAAGAAGUCGGAUGGCGGUGUCAAGCCACAGAGCAACAACAAAAACAGUCUCGUAAGCCCAGCCCAAGAGCCUGCGUCCUUGCAGACGGCCAUGGAGCCACAAACCACCGUGGUACACAAUGCUACAGAUGGGAUCAAGGGCUCCACAGAGAGCUGUAACACCACUACAGAAGAUGAGGACCUCAAAGCUGCCCCGCUCCGCACUGGGAAUGGCAGCUUGGUGCCUGAAGGACGGAGCUCCCGGGACAGAACAGCCCCCUCUGCAGGCAUGCAGCCCCAGCCUUCUCUCUGCUCCUCAGCCAUGCGAAAACAGGAGAUCAUUAAGAUCACAGAACAGCUGAUUGAAGCCAUUAACAAUGGGGACUUUGAGGCCUACACGAAGAUCUGUGACCCAGGCCUCACUUCCUUUGAGCCUGAGGCCCUCGGUAACCUGGUGGAGGGAAUGGAUUUCCAUAAGUUUUACUUUGAGAAUCUCUUGUCUAAGAACAGCAAGCCCAUCCAUACCACCAUCCUAAACCCACAUGUGCACGUGAUUGGGGAGGAUGCAGCUUGCAUCGCCUACAUCCGUCUCACCCAGUACAUCGAUGGACAGGGCCGACCACGCACCAGCCAGUCAGAGGAGACCCGGGUGUGGCACCGCCGGGAUGGCAAGUGGCUCAAUGUCCACUAUCACUGCUCAGGGGCCCCUGCUGCACCACUGCAGUGAGCUCAGCCACAGGGGCAUUAGGAGAUUCCAGCUGGAGGUCAAACCUUCGCAGCCAGUGGCUCUGGAGGGCCUGAGUGACAGCGGCAGUCCUGUUCGUUUGAGGUUUAAAACAAUUAAAUUACAAAGCGGCAGCAGCCAAUGCACGCCCCUGCAUGCAGCCCUCCCGCCCGCCCUUUGUGUCUGUCUCUGCUGUACCGAGGUGUUUUUUACAUUUAAGAAAAAGAGGGGGACAAAAGAUUGUUUAAAAAAAAAAAAGGAACUGUACCAUGAUGCGUUUUAAAACCACCAGUAGCCCUUGGGCUGGCAAGAAGACAGGAGUUUUUGUGAUGCCCAUCCUGGCAUGAACAGUGGGCUCAGCCACCAGCCCUGAAGAAGUGAGCUUGGCCUCAGGCCCCCAUGGAUUCGAGGGGACCAGACAAGGACUUCUGACAGAGCUUUGGGAGCCAUGAUGUAAUCACAGCCCCUGAGAUGGCCUGCUUAUCCCAGGAUAAGCAUGGAUUUCUUCAGAACCUGCAUAGGCGCCUUGAAUGAGCCUGAUGAAAACACCAUGGCGGUCACAACUACUUGGGAGAGAACGCACAGCUCCCAACCUGCUAUGGAGACAGCUGAAAAGCAGUGGCCUCGGGACUGAGGGCCCAGACUUUGCUGUACUGUUGUUCCAUGUAGUUUAGAAGGGAAGUGAAUUGGUGCUGCAGAAAUGUGUUUGCUGCAAAGCCUAUGAGGAACCUCGUGUUAGUCUGACAUGUACUCACUUACUCAUCCAUUUCUAUAGGAUGCACAGUGCACAUGGGCCCUGAUAUUGAGGCCUGACCCCUGCAGAUGGAAAGGGAGAGGAGUUGCUGCUUUGCUUCGUGUUUGUUUCUUAUUAACUUAGCAAGGAGAGAGCCAGGCCCUGAGUCAGGGCUCCUCUUCAUGCCUUUGGCAGUUCUGUUCCUGUGCUGAUCUGGACCAUCUUUGUCUUGUCUUUUCAUGGUGGUGGUCCCCAUGCUGACCCUCAUCUGGGCCUGGGCCCUCUGCCAAGUGCCCCUGUGGGAUGGGAGGAGUGAGGCAGUGGGAUAAGAGAUGGUGGUUGUUUCUAUGCAUUUGGGCUGCCCUCAGGGCUGCCUUCCUUCUUACUCUUCCCUUGCUGCACGUCCAUCUCGUUCCCUGUCUUUGAGAUUGAACUGACUGCUCUGAUGAGAAGUGUCCUCUUUGAGGAGGCCUUUUUACUGACCAACUGAAGUAUAGACUUACUGCUGGACAAUCUGCAUGGGCAACACCCUUCCCCCUCACUGCAUGAACCCAAAAAAAGGUGUUCAGAGCCAAGGCUCCUACAUUCAUUGUCCCUCUCUGUGCUCAAGGAGUUCAGCCCCUGGAGAAAAAGAUCUAUACCCUAAGCAGAUAACAGAGAAGAUAAUGAGGGAGCAAUUGGUUAUGGCCUUGGUUUCCCCAAAAAUAACUGUGCAUAUUUAUCUGCACAAAUAUCUUCACUUUGGGGGAAAAGGUGGGUAGACUCCAGUUCCCUAGACCAUCUUCAAGAGUCUUAGGAAUUGGGAGAAGAGGCAAAAAGCUAUGUGCUGGUGCUUGGAUUUAGCCAGCCUCCUCGAGCGCCUCAUGCAUGCUCCAGGCCCCUGGGCCCUGGCCCCUUCCUGCCCUGCAGCCUGCAGUGCCAGCUUGCAGAUACCUUCAUCACAGGGUUUGGUUUUGCUGGCUUGAAGACAAAUGGUCUUAGAGUUCGAGACCCAUAGCUUCCUAUGGCUGUUCCAGCCUCACUUCUUAGCAUUCUUAUUAUUCUGGGGUUAAUGUCAGCAUCUAUAGAUGAUAGACUAUUAAAAAAAAAAAAGUCACCUUUUAAACAGGAAAUGGAAGGCAUUUGAUGCAGAAUUUUUGCAUGAUGACAUAGAGAUAAUUUAAAAAUAGUGUUUGUUCUGAAUGUUGGUAGACCCUUCAUAGCUUUGUUACAAUGAAACCUUGAAGAUAUUUAAUAAAAUAACCUUUAAACAGUC